ACGGCUGGAGUGGAACUGGUUGUGAAGUCAGUGAACAUCCCAGAGACCAGCGACAGUGUGGAACUGUACAUCUUUGACUCUGCCGGGAGGGAAACCUUUGUUGAAGCAUGUGAGAAGUUGUGGGGCCAGCCGUCUGUGUUGUGUCUGGUGUUUGACGUGAGCAGUGAGCUGUCAUUCAGUAACUGUGGUCGCUGGCUGGAGAGGGUCAGGGCCCACUGCCAGGGUCUGCACAUCCCAGGUGUGUUGGUGGGUAACAAGUCGGACCUGUCCUCGCGGAAGGAGGUGGAGACCUCGGUGGCCCAGGAGUGGGCCCAAAGCCAGGGGCUGCAGUACCACGAGACGUCCGCUAAGGAGAUGGAGAACUGUGAAGCUCCCUUUCUGAGUCUAGCCCAGCUGUUCCACGCUCUCUACCAAGACAGACUACAGACCAUACAGAAUCUGGCCUAACAUUCUAGAACCUGGCCUAACAUUCUAGAACCUGGCCUAACAUUCUAGAAUCUGGCCUGACAAUCUUGAACCUGAACAUUCUAGAACCUGGCCCUAACAUUGUAGAACCUGCAGAAUAGAAUCUGGCCUAACACAUAAAUAUCUACUACAUUGUAUAUAUUCUGUUUCUAUGGCCUCAAGAAAGGAUAUAUAGAUUAUAUUUCUAUGGAUUCUAGGACCUGGCCCAAUGUUCUAGAACUUGGCCCAACAUUCCCUAAGUGAAAAAUACUGCCUCUGACAGUGAGACAUCCACCUUACAUUGGGGUGGAGAUUAAGAUGAAACUGUUAUCUACAAUAAUUAAUGUUCUGUAUAUUCUUCACGUUGUCUGAGUUAUGCAGGAGAACAUGAUAACUUGUAUUAAAGUUUGAUUUCUGUACAGUA